AAUUGCCAAAAAUUAAAUACAAAAGACGUUUUUGAGUCUACAAAAAUAAUAUUGAUUUCUUUAACUUUGUGUUAUAACUGGGUACAUUAUCCGCUGGUCUGCACUAUGUAGCUGGAAAGAAAUAUUGCACAGAAAGUGGUGGACGGACGAAUUAAGAGACUUGCAAAUACAUACACGAAAAAAUUCAUAAGAGAUGUGGCUGAAAAGAGACGAAGGCCGCGGAAAGUUGAACAUGUUGAGAGAAGAAAUAUUGCUUGAUGAUCCAAACAUAUAUAAAAACUUUUUGAGAAUAUACAAUGAAUGUUUUAAUGAAUUGCUGCGUAUGAAUCUACCUGAUAUUGCAAAGCAAGAUACACACUUAAGAGAAUGUAUAACAGCAGAAAAUAGGUCUCCAGUAGUACUGAAGAAUACUCCAAACAAUUUAUUGUUCAAUUUAAGCUUUUCAACCAAUUUGAUGAGCGACCACAAAAGGGGAGAUAACACGCCUUCCUGUGGGCACCCCCUGGCAGCUCUAAAUCUGAGUGUCUCCCCCGAGGAUGUCGAUAUGAUUCUGCAUGUCAACAUGCUUCUGAUCCAGCCGCAGAUUAGAUGA